UUGCAGUCUCAAACAAUGAACUACGUGGGGCAGCUUGCCGAGACUGUCUUUGUCACAGUGAAGGAGCUGUACCGGGGUCUGAAUCCCGCCACCCUGACGGGCUGCAUUGAUGUGGUCGUGGUGAGGCAGCCUGAUAACUCCUUCCAGUGCUCCCCUUUUCACGUGCGUUUUGGGAAGCUGGGUGUGCUGCGCUCCAAGGAGAAGGUGGUCGACAUUGAAAUCAAUGGGGAGCCUGUGGACCUGCACAUGAAGCUGGGCGACAAUGGAGAGGCCUUCUUUGUCCAGGAGUCAGAGGAGAAUGAGGGCAGCAUCCCCUCCCGCCUCUGCACAUCCCCCAUCCCCACGGAGCAGAGCCCGGAGGAUGCCGCUCAGCCCUCUCAUGGGCAGGAGGCCUCCAGUGCUGAAGCGACCCUGCGCAAGAGGAGGCGACGCAGGAGGAAGCCCAAGCGGAAGGAGGUGGUGGACUCCGAGUUAGAAGGCUGCGAGGAGACCAAAAGCGAGAUGUCCGUGGAGGAGCCGUGCAAACUGCCAGCCCCAAGUGAUUCAGUGUAUUUCUCCUUUGCUGAUCUCCCUGAAGAAGAAACCAGGUCAUUGCAGUCCCCAGAGAUGCACCCUUACUCUGACGGGGAGCUGGCCUCUGUGGACAGCCCCACUCUGAGCCAUCCAUCUUCUCCCAAAAGUGACUCUGAGCUGGAGAUCAGGCCGCAGGAGAGUUUUGCUCUAGGGGCUGAAUCCCACAUGCAGUGGACCUGGGGAAGGCUCCCUCAGGAUGGGAAUGGCCACCCCAGACUGAAGGACAUCCCCAGUGCUGUGGGGGAAGAGAGCUUGUUGGAGGCCUCCUCAGCCCAACAAGAGAAACAGGAGGGAGGCAGAAGUGUUGUGCCAGACAUUCAGCCAGAUGUGGAGCCCUUCGAGGGAGCUGCAGGGGGCUUGGAGGCCCCUGAGCCCCAGCUGGAAAGUCAGAGGAGACAAGGAUCCAUCAAAAGAAGUCCUCACUUGGGUCCUAGUGACGUUUACCUGGAAGACCUCUCCCAGCUGGAUGAGGAGCAGGUGGCUCUCUAUUUCCCCAGGAGUGAUGCAGAGCAGAGUUCAAGGCCUGUGGCAGACCCCAGCAACCCCCUGUGUGUCCAGCUGCCAUCCGACUUGCCUGCCAACAGUCCCACGGACUCUGAUUCUGAUUUGAUGCCUGCGAUUGCCCUGUCGCUGUGCGGAGGCCUGGGGGGCAGCAGGCAGAUCUCCCGCGAGAAGUUCAUGAAGCACAUGGUGUCCUACCAGCAGUUUGCUGAGAAUCCAGGACUCAUCGAUGACCCAAACCUGGUGAUACUGAUCAACAAGAAGUAUUACAACUGGGCAGUGGCUGCUCCCAUGGUCCUGUCCCUGCAGGCUUUCCAGAGAAACAUUCCUGAGAGCACCAUUGACCAACUGGUGAAGGAGAAGAUGCCCAAGAAAGGCAGCAGGUGGUGGUUCUCCUGGAGGAGGAAAGAAUUCCCAGCAGAGGAGCAGCAGUCAAGGCCAGGGAAAGCCAACAUAGGGACGCUGCAGCCUGACUCUGCUCAGCAGAGGCAGGAGGAAGAGGGGUCAUCCAGUGACGAUGAGCCCCUGCACUCCAGGGACGUGUUAGCAAUGGAUGCCCCUACACAGAAAUCUCUGCCAACCUACAAGAAAUCCCUGCGGCUCUCCUCUGAACAAAUUGGGAAGCUGAAACUGCAGGAUGGCCCCAACGAGGUGGCGUUCAGUGUGACGACUCAGUACCAGGGCACGUGCCGCUGUGAGGCCACCAUCUACCUGUGGAACUGGGAUGACAAGGUGGUGAUCUCGGACAUCGAUGGCACCAUCACCAAGUCAGAUGCUCUUGGGCACAUCUUGCCGCAUCUGGGAAAAGACUGGACUCAUCAUGGGAUUGCUAAGCUCUUCCACAAAAUCCACCUGAAUGGCUACAAGUUCCUCUACUGCUCAGCCAGGGCGAUCGGCAUGGCACACAUCACCAAAGGCUACCUCAAAUGGGUCAACGAGCAAGGCUGUGCCCUCCCCAAGGGCCCCAUCCUGCUCGCCCCCAGCAGCCUCUUCUCCGCCUUCCACAGGGAGGUCAUUGAGAAGAAGCCAGAGGUGUUCAAGAUCGCCUGCUUGAUGGACAUCCAAAACCUGUUUGCCACAAAGCUGCCCUUCUACGCAGCCUUUGGGAACAGAGCGAAUGAUGUCUACGCUUACAAGCAAGUGGGCCUGCCGGAGAGCCGCAUAUUCACGGUCAACCCCAAGGGAGAGCUGAUCCAGGAGCUCAUGAAGAACCACAAGUCAACGUAUGAGCGGCUGUCAGAGCUGGUGGAGCUGAUCUUCCCUCCCCUGGGGCAGAGUGGGAGCAUCGCUCUGGUGUGUCCAGAGUACAGCCACUUUGCCUACUGGAGACCUCCACUGCCUGCUGUUGACUUGGAGGACUUCUCCUGA